CAGAAUCCCCGCAAGGUUGGGAUAUUAAUUGUCCUCUCGGUGGAGAGGGCCUCCCUCCCCCUGGACUUGCAUAAUCUGUUUUCCUGGCACAUCGGACAUGGGAAAUAUCCGGGAAAGAGAGAGGGCGGCUGGACUUUCCACCGCCAGCUGUUGAGUUGGUUUCCUCAAUGCCUCUGUGCCGAGAGCCCACCGGCCAGCGGUCAAGCUGAGGCAUCUUUUCCCGGGCAAUGGACUGGGACCUCUACGCCAGCAUGCAAGUCGGGAUGCGGGUUGUCCGUGGGCUGGAUUGGAAGUGGAGCAACCAGGACAACGGCGAAGGGAACGUCGGGACAGUCGUGGAGAUCGGCCGGCAAGGCAGCCCGACGACACCGGACAAGACGGUGGUGGUCCAGUGGGAUCACGGCACCCGCACGAAUUACCGGACGGGCUUCCAAGGAGCGUACGAUCUCCUUCUGUACGAUAAUGCGCAAAUAGGCGUCCGCCACCCCAACAUCAUUUGCGACUGCUGCAAGAAGCACGGGAUCCGUGGGAUGCGCUGGAAGUGCAAGAUCUGCUUUGACUACGACCUGUGCAUGCAGUGCUACAUGAACAAUAAGCACGACCUCUCUCAUGCCUUCGAACGCUACGAGACGGCCCACUCGCGCCCAGUUACUGUGAGUCCGCGACAGAACUUGCCACGCAUCACUUUGAAGGGAACGUUUCAGGGUGCGAAAGUGGUCCGGGGCCCCGACUGGGAAUGGGCCAACCAGGACGGCGGCGAAGGCAAAACGGGGCGCGUCGUGGACAUCCGAGGCUGGGACGUUGAGACCGGGCGGAGCGUGGCCAGCGUGACGUGGGCCGAUGGCACCACCAACGUGUACCGGGUGGGGCACAAGGGGAAAGUGGACCUGAAGUGCAUCGCAGAAGCGUCCGGAGGGUUUUACUACAAGGAGCACCUCCCAAGAUUAGGCAAACCGGCCGAGUUGCAGAAAAAGGAGAGCACGGAGAGACACCCGUUUCAGCACGGAGACAAAGUGAAGUGCCUCCUCGACAUCGACAUUUUGCGAGAGAUGCAGGAAGGACACGGGGGCUGGAAUCCCAAAAUGGCCGAGUUCAUCGGCCAAACCGGGACCGUGCACCGGAUCACGGAUCGAGGAGACGUGCGGGUCCAGUUCAACAGCGAUACGCGGUGGACGUUUCAUCCCGGGGCGCUGACCAAGCUCAACGCAUUUUGGGUCGAUGACGUUGUCCGAGUGAUCGACGAUAUCGAAACCAUCAAACAGCUGCAGGCUGGUCAUGGAGAAUGGACGGAUGAGAUGGCUCCGACCCUGGGGCAUAUUGGCAAGGUGAUCAAGGUCUUUGGAGACGGGGACUUGCGGGUGUCCUUCGCUGGCCAGUCCUGGACCUUCAACCCUGCCUGCCUGACCGCCUACCAGAGAGAGGAGGACGCCAACCUCAUGACGACCGAAGAUGCCAAGGAGUCCAAAAGUACGUUGCUCUCUGUGUUGGGAAGACUGCUCUCUCAGAAAACGGAGUCCGACAACCCGGGCCGGCUGGUCAUAGAGGCCGCCCAUGGAAACGCCUCCAAAGUGCACGAUCUGGUUCAGAAGUACCCCGAAAAGGUGGAUACCAAAAACCAGGGCAGGACCGCCUUGCAGGUGGCUUCGUACCUGGGCCAGGUGGAAGUGGUGAAGAUCCUCCUGCAGGCUCACGCCAACGUCAACCUACGGGAUGAAGAAGGGGACGCAGCCCUUCAUUACGCAGCAUUCGGAAACCAAGCGGAGAUUGCCCGCGUGCUGGUCAGCAAAGGCGCCAACGCCGAUCUCCUAAACAACGGCAAGUGCACGGCCCUCUACAUUGCGGUCAACAAAGGCUUCACGGAGGUGGUGCAAGCCUUGUGCGAAAACCAGUGCAACGUUAACCUGCCGGAUUCCUAUGGAGACACCCCGCUCCAUUACGCCAUCACGGCCGACUUCAAAUGCAUCAUCGAAGCCCUCACCGAAGUCCCCAGCAUUGAUUUCACCAUCCAGAACCGGCAGGGGUUCAACCUGCUGCACCAUGCGGCCCUGAAGGGGAACAAGCUAGCCGUCAAGAAGAUCCUGGCCCGAGCCCGGCAGUUGGUUGACACCAAGAAGGACGACGGGUUCACCGCGCUCCACCUGGCGGCCCUGAACAACCACAAAGAGGUGGCCGAGGCCCUCCUCAAAGAGGGCCGCUGCGACGUCAACCUGAAAAACAACCGCAACCAGACGCCGCUGCACCUGGCCGUCACGCAGGGGCACAUGGAGAUGGUGCAGGCGCUGGUGCAGGAGGGCGCCGACGUCAACGCCGAGGACGAGGACGGGGACACCGCCAUGCACAUCGUGCUGGAGAGGGAGCACGUGGCAUCCGCUGCGGCCACGGAGGAGGAGCAGGACGGCGAGGAGAGCCUGUACGCCAAGCUCCAGGCUUCCGGUUUCCUCGGCAACAUGGAGCUGAACGUCGGGACGGCCAUCGCCUGCUACUUGGCGCAAGAAGGGGCCGACGUCAACUACGCCAACCAUAGGGGCAAGUCGCCUCUGGACCUCGUCACGGACGGCAGCAUCAUGCAGCUCAUCAAAAACUUCUCCCAAAAAUUCAGAGAACACCACGACUCCUUGGAGAGCUCCACGGUGACCUGCAGCCUGCGGCGAGUCCACGCCACCCCCAACACCAUGACCAACCUCAGCGUGGCCAAGCUGACCGCUCCUUCCGAGUGCCUCGUCUGCUCCGAGCUGGCCCUGCUGGUCCUCUUCUUCCCCUGCCAGCACAGCAUCGUGUGCGAAGAGUGCUCCAGAAGGAUGAAGAAAUGCAUCAAAUGCCAGGUGAACAUUACCAAGAAGUUAAAACAAGACAGCUCCGAGGUGGAGUGCAGCCCCGGUUCAGAGGCCACCGACCAGCAGAAGCAGCUGAUGGAGGACCUCCAGAACCGCUACCGGCAAAUGGAGGAGCGCAUCACCUGCCCCAUCUGCAUCGACAACCACAUCAAACUGAUCUUCCAGUGCGGACACGGCUCGUGCCAUGAGUGCAGCGCCGCCCUGGCCGUCUGCCCCAUCUGCCGACAGACCAUCCGGGAGCGGAUACAGAUGUUCGUUUGAGGGCCUCCUCGACCUCGUCGCUCCCUUGAAUGUCACGUGUGUUUCACGGGAGACCACGACAGCGGAGACGGGGCAUCGUUUCAUUGCGCCGAUACUCUCCUUUCUCUCUUGCAAGCCAUGGCGAGGCGGGCCCCGUUGCCUUGGGAGGCGUUGGGGUGGGUUUGUCGUUGUCGUUGUCGUCUUCAUCGCCUUAUCCCGCUUCGAGAGGGGAGACACGCAUUAUCUUCACAAGACAGCAAUAUUUCUUUCCGUUCCAUGGAAAUAGCAAUACUCUUGCGUUGCAAAAGGUGGGGCGGCAAGACUCAGCAUCCCCUGUUUCCAAGGGGGGAAAAGGCGACGACGUACGCACACACACACACACACACACAACAGAGCUUUUGUGUUGGGCUUGGCAUCGAAAGCCUUGGAUUUUACGAGAUAUUCCUGGAGUAAGCAGGUGGCGGACUCUCGUGUGAGGGCGACAAAGGGGUCGGUGUGUACAAAGGGGGGCGAAUGGUGUGCCUUUGAGGUUGCGUAAUGAAUAUUUACCGGCAAAAAUAUAACAUGUCAACAGAAGUAUUCUUCUA